AUGCUGAAGAUCAAUGGUGUUUCUAAUGAUGCCAUUCAGCUGAGAUUAUUUCCUUUCUCUUUGAAGCAUCGUGCUAGAGAGUGGCUACAUUCACUACCUCCAUGUUCUAUUACUACAUGGGAGGAGUUAUCACAUGCUUUCUUGACUCAAUAUUUCCCUCCUAGCAAGACUGCAAAACUAAGGAAUGAGUUAACUUCUUUUGGACCAAGGGAUGACGAGAGUCUUUAUGAAGCAUGGGAGAGAUAUAAGGAUCUUCAAAGGAGAUUUCCACAUCAUGGAAUCCCCAAAUGGACGAUAGUUCAGCAUUUCUAUAAUAGCGUUUCUCCAACUAUCAGGAAUACAACUGAUGCAUCCUCUAGAAGUGAUCUUAUGGAAAAACUAGAAGAUGAAGCUUAUUCAGCAUUGGACAAGAUUGCUUACAAAAAUUAUCAAUGGAGUUAUAAAAGGAAUGAUGAAAGGAAGCAACCUGCUAGUAUGUUUGAGUUAGAUGCAAUGAGCAUGUUUAAUGCUAAAUUUGAUGCUUUAACAAGAAAGAUGGAUAAACUGAGCAUGAAAGUAGAUGCUUUAGUAGGGGGAUCUAGUCAAUUAAUAGAUGUUGGUACUAGAUAUGUGAAUUGUAUUGGUGAUUUCCCUUCUUAUGUAGAUUUUGGAAGUAAGCAAAUUGAUUAUGUUCAGAAUUAUAAUCAGAGGCUAGUUGGCAAUCCAUUUUGCGCUACUUAUGAUCCAGUAUGGAGGAUUCAUCCUAAUUUUUCUUGGGGAGAUCAACUCACCACUCAUAACAAGAUGUUGGAGAAUCAAAUAGUCCAACAAGUAAGUUCUUUUAAUAAAGCACAAGGGAAACUUCCAAGCCAACUAGAGAAUCCUAGAGAACAUUGCAAGGCAGUUAUUCUAAGGAGUGGGAAAGUUAUAGAAGAAGAAAAUAAAGAUGAGAUGAGAAUGGAGGAGAAGAAAGUAGAAUGUGAAGGAAAGGAUGAGUCUACUUCAGCGCAAGGUGAAGUUAGUGAGGAACUCCUAAAGGAGAUUUUAUCAAAUAAAAGGAAGCUAGAGGAUUAUGAAACUGUGACAUUAACUAAAGAGUAUAAUGCUCAAUUGCAAAAUAAUCUCCCACAAAAGUUGAAGGAUCCAGGAAGCUUUUCUAUUCUUUUCCACAUUAGGGACACUAGCAUAGAAAAAGCAUUGUAUGUUCUUGGAGCUAGUGUGAGUUUGAUGCCACUCUCAAUUUGUGAAAAUUUGAAGGUUGGAGAUUUAAAACCUACAACAAUCUCUUUGUUGCUAGUUAAUAGAUCCAUCAAAUAUCUAGUGGGAAUUUUGGAGAAUGUGCCAUUAAGAGUUGGGAAAUUUUUUAUUCCUGUGGAUUUUAUAAUUCCUGAGAUGGAAUAG